AUGCCAGUGCAGUUGGUGUUGACAAAGCUCCCUAAGUAAAUUAGCAAUCUCACCCUACAAAUCCACGAAAAACUUCAGAAGUAGGAGGCCAGAAUUUCGAGAUGGAGGAUGUCGUUUAAAGCGUCGACACUGUGCCAAGUAAAGAUUCGUCAAAUCGAAUACUCUUCAACAACCCUCGAGGAGAUCAAUUCUCAUUUUCACCAGGUCUUGAAAGCAACGUUUAAAUUGGACAAAUGGUCAGCCAGACAGCUCGCCAAGGCAUGCAGAUUAAUGGAAAACACCUUAUCUCUACAUAACGAGCCUAACUCACCACUGACAGAAAUCAAGGCUAAUCCAACAAACAACACUCUUAACCCUUAUCAAGACCACUUUCCCCCUUGCUGA